AUGAUUGCGAUGGAAUCCAUCAUCGAAGUCAAGGAACAGCAGAAGCAAAGCAUCAGCGUGUUCGCGAUUUUUCUCCGCGUGGUGGCGCACGUGGUCGUCAUGAUCCUGCUGCUAUCUAGCGGCUACGCCGUCUACCUCGUCGUCGACAGGUCACGUGACUACGAGAAGAAGGAUCCCGACGACGUCACGUGGUGGCAGCAGAACGAGGUUGCCGAAAUCGAAAAGAUCGAAGGGAACGUUAGCAGGGAAUACCUUCCGCCCAGCGUCAGCGAGGCGAGUCUAGCCAUGCACACGCUGCUCUUGGCCAAUCAGACAGACGAUGACGAUACUCUCGCCACGGUUGCCAACGGCAACGACAGCGCGUCGUGGGCGAGCAGCGCUCCUGGCGGCAACGUGACGUACACGCGCACGAUCAACGGGAGGACGGCGGUCGCGGCCGCCGUGUCGGUGAACGGAUCCACGGCGAUGAUAGCAGACGACAUCCGGGACAUUAUGCCGGAGGAGAGCGACGUCUUUCUGCAGUCGAUCAGCCCGAGCAUUGCAGUCGGCGCGAUAUCGGACUAUCCGUCGCUCCCAAACGACACAUUAGUCACGUCGACAGCAGCAGCAGCAGCAGCGGCGGACGUCACCGAAUCCACGCUGUCCUUAUCCAACAUCACAGCGCAUGCGCACGUUGACGGCGGCGUCUCUAUGUUUGACUACGUCACCUCGACCGUAGCGGAGAAUCUCGGCUGGGGGGGAACCGAAAGCGAGUUUGAGAUGAGAAGGAGCGGGGAGGGAGAGGAGGAGGAGGCGUGGAACGACACGGAGGCGAAUUCGCUGCGUUCCAUCAUAGAGAAGGGCGCGUUCAACAUAACCUUGAUGACGGGACGCCCGUGGGAGAAGAUCGAUGAUUGGUCGGACGGCUCGCUCGCAGGCAUGGCCGCGACGCAUGCGCACAACGUCACGUCGUUGCCGGCAGUGAUGUCCACUAAUAACGUUCUCUUGUCAAAGGACCUCUGCUGGGAGACGAUGGUCGGGCAGCCAGAAUAUGGAGAAUUCAAAAUUGCAGAGAAUAUUUUACACCUAGUCAAUAACCAAGGCAUGAUCUGGCUGGGCACCUUCUUCUCGCCGGCUCUUCCGUCGAUCAACACGCUGAAGCUGCUCUGCAUCAUGUACAUCCGUAGCUGGGCCGUGCUCACCUGCAACAUACCGCACGAGCGCGUCUUCCGCGCCUCGCGCUCCAACAACUUCUACUUCGCGCUGCUGCUGACGAUGCUGUUCCUGUGCGUGCUUCCCGUCUGCUACGCCAUCGUGUGGCUGGAGCCUUCAUUCAGCUGCGGCCCGUUUAGGUAG